CCGUUUGUUUACAAUUAUCUGCCGGAUCGCAUGCAGCGUGAUAUCCAAGAAAUUAUAACACGUUAUUAAAUAAAAAUUGUAAUUUCUAAAUUUUUUAAAAAUGUCUGGAGAAUUUUAUUUACGAUACUACAUUGGACAUAAAGGGAAAUUUGGUCAUGAAUUUUUAGAAUUUGAAUUUCGACCUGAUGGAAAGCUUCGUUAUGCAAAUAAUUCUAACUAUAAAAAUGACACCAUGAUCCGUAAAGAAGUUUAUGUUCAUCAACCUGUUAUUGAAGAACUCAAACGUAUUGUAUCAGACUCAGAAAUAAUGCAUGAAGAUGAUGCUCUUUGGCCACCACCAGAUCGAGUAGGAAGACAAGAAUUAGAGAUUGUGAUAGAUGAUGAACAUAUAUCUUUCACUACGUCUAAAACUGGAUCUUUGUUAGAUGUUAACACAUCUAAAGAUCCAGAAGGACUAAGAACUUUUUAUUAUCUUGUUCAAGAUCUUAAAUGUUUUGUUUUUUCCUUAAUAUCAUUACAUUUUAAAAUCAAACCAAUUUCAUAAUGAUAUUUAUUACAAUUUGUAUAUUUUAUGUAAAUAAGUGUCAACUUUGGUUUAGAAAAUAAUAACAUUUUUUUUUAAUAUCCAAGAAAUAAUUUUACAUCAUUAAUAGAAAUCAAUUUCAGAUAGUAUAAAAUUUUUGUAAUAAAUUUGACUUAAAUAUAAAAUUUAACAAAUAAAA